UAACAACUACUGUUGUAUUGACGGCAGCUUACGCUUCAACCCUCCUCCUUUUUAAAUAUCCUUUUUUCAGUAAGAUUAUCUGGAAAUAUCUUCUCAAAACCAGCAACAAAAAGGAAACAAAACCCAGCCAAAACGUACCAGAGCAAAGCUGAUCAGGAUCUGAUUCAAAAGCUGACGGAUCGGACUCUCUUAAAUCCCAAAAGUUUAUUCGAUUCAAAGGUGGCGAACCAGAGAGAUUCCGACAAGUAUGCCAGGUUUCCGGCCACCGCGAGCGGGAAAGAAGAGGAAGAAGAGCAACAAAGUCAAGAAACUGCCGCCGCCGAAGAAGACCCAUCACCGCCAUACCUGAGUUCCUUUGAGGAAAUGAUUCGCCGAGAGAUGCAGCAUGAAACCGCGGACUACCUGUUAUCGGCGGCGCCACCACCGCCUAUGUUCUCCGUGUACGGCCAGUCGGGAGAGAUGUCGACGGUGGUGACGGCGCUGACGGAUGUGAUUUCGAGUCCGAGACAGGGGAAUCAGUGGAGUUAUGGGCGGCAGGACACUUCCGGCGUCUAUUCGAGCUGCUCACCUUCGCCGUCGAGCGCCGCCGCCGGACAGAAGAGGAGACGUGAGGAUCAAGAAAAUGCAAUUCAAGUUCCAGAACAUGCUCAUCAAAGGGUUCAUUCAGGGUUUGAAAAUUUUGGAUACCCUCCAGAAUCAUCUUACCCUGUUCAUUGUGGAGAAGCUACCGGCAUUUUGACCCAGUCUGUGGCGGUUACCGGUGCCAUCACCGCCGCUACAGCUGCAAAGGGAGCAACUUCAGCUGCUGAUCAAGAAACAGGGGAAAGGAGACCAAGAUACAGAGGAGUCCGGCAGAGGCCAUGGGGAAAAUGGGCGGCGGAAAUAAGGGACCCACAAAAAGCCGCCAGGGUUUGGUUGGGGACGUUUGAGACGGCGGAGGCCGCCGCCAGAGCAUACGACGAAGCCGCCCUGAGGUUUAGAGGGAACAGGGCCAAGCUCAACUUCCCUGAAAAUGCCCGGUUAAUGCGGCCACCGCAGCAGCCAUCUCCCGCCAUUCCCUCCGCCUCCCCCGCCCAAUUUCCCGCCAUUAAUUUAGUCCAAGGUCAGCAGCACAUUCAAGGCAUUGCCGGCGACUACUGGGCGUACUCGCAGCUUCUUCAGAACACCGCCGGCGAUCUUCGAGGUCACUCGCCGGCGAGCUUGAUCGAGCAAAUGUACUACGCUUCUUCAAUGGCGGCUCUGCAUUCUCAGGCAUUGCCCUCUUCAUCUUCCUCCGCCACUUCUUCUCCUCAACGGCCAAUGUACUUCUCCGGCGGUCAACAAUUAGCUGAGUCCGGCUCAUCCCAGCCAUCGUCGACUCAGAAUCCGGCGACAAGUUCCGACAAUUUACAGCCACCAUCCUUCUGGACUAGUUCUGCUCAAUACCCCCCAUCCUCUAGUUGAUUUGAGAUUUCUGCAUAGGACUCCUCUUUUCCCUUUAAUUUGAUGCACAAAAACAAUACUCUUCAGUUUUUAGGGAGAGAAUUACAGGAAAAAUGAUGAUCCAAAACCAAUUAGUUUGGUAACAGUAAAAAUUCAUAAAUAGUUAAAACAUAAUUCCUACAGAUAUAGUAUCUUCAUGCAUUGAAAUUUAUCUAGUUUUGUUUUGUAUACAUUUUAUUUAUUUGCACAUUAUUUAGGGAGAUUUUAUGAAAUUUUUCGCAC